GUAAAUUCGCAGAGCGAGACCAUCGUAGUCUCCGGACAAGAAAUACACGUCGGGAGGAAGAGGACAGAAGCGCCAUGCCAAGCCGGCACAGUCCUGCGACGCCAUAAUCGGUUCUCCCGCCAAAUGUGCCUUCCCUGCUUUAUCUCACUCUUCUUCCGCGUUCUUCUUCUUCUUUCCUUGAUGCUGAUUCCUCAAUUGAGUGCUCAGGAACCAUUCCUCGGUUCCGCAUUCCCAACUCCAUAUCGCAGCCCGUUCUCCUAAUGGGCGGCGGCCGAUGUUCUCUUUAGGCAGCAAGAAGGCCGAUCGCCGGCGCGAGAUGACGGCGGCGAAAUCGGUCCGGCGGCCGAAGCUGGAGCAGCGUAACGCCUGUAAGAAGAUCAACUAUGAGAUUCCGUGGGCCUCGCCUUCAUGGAGGAAUUCGCCGGCGUUGGUAACCCACUGUCUCGAUCUCUCGCCUGGCGCUUACUCGGACCAGACAAGCUUUCGCAUUGGCGGCAGCGUCGAGGGCGAGAUCGAUCUGCUUUGCCGCAGUUUAGGUCUCUCCGGCCCUGAGGAUUUCGCCAUCCCUGCUGCCGCAUGGGAGGCCUCCCUUAAGGCUCGAUCCUCCUGUGAUCUUGUUCUUCGAUCCCCAUUUGUCAAAUGCGAGAGCUCGUCUAAGCCGCCUCAAAUUUUGCCUUCCGUUUUGGAUUGCCUUGCUGAGACGAAGGCGAAGGUGCCUGGAGCGGAGACCUUGCGGUCAUCGGCUUUGGUCACUUCCCCGGCUACGGUCUCGAUUCUUUCUCCUCCGCCUGGUAGGUCGGUUCUUGCGCGGCCGCCUUUGAUGAAGCUGCCUGAGCUCGACGGAACGAGCUCGACGUGGGAUAUAGUGAGAUCAUUUGCUCCACCGGAUGAGAGUGAUGAAGGAUGUAAGAGGAAGUCUUUUGAUUCGGAUGAGGAGAAGAAGGUGAGGGUUGGUGUUGAAGUUAGGGAAGCUAUGGACGAGAUGGGAGCGAUUUCAGGGGAGAUCUCGGAGGAUUGCACCGGGUCGUUCUCGACUUCAAAUGAUGAUGAUUCGUCGAGUACUACAACGGAGUCGAUGUUUUUGAUAUCGCCAAAUGGACGGAUUAAGAGAAAUAUUGGAUCGUGGAUGCGUGGACAGCUUCUAGGGAGUGGCUCUUUUGGGACAGUGUACGAAGGGAUCAGCGAUGAUGGUGGAUUUUUUGCUGUAAAAGAGGUCUCUUUGCUUGAGAAAGGAAGCAGUGCUCAGCAAUGUAUUCUUCAACUCGAACAGGAGAUUGCACUUUUGAGCCAAUUUGAGCAUGACAAUAUUGUUCAUUACUAUGGAACAGAUAAGGAAGAAUCAAAAUUAUUUAUCUUUCUUGAACUUGUCACACAAGGAUCUCUUGCAUCCCUCUAUCAUAAGUAUCGACUACGAAAUACUCAAGUUUCAGCAUAUACUAGGCAGAUCUUAAAUGGAUUACGGUAUCUUCAUGAGCGGAAUGUGGUGCACAGAGAUAUCAAAUGUGCCAAUAUAUUGGUUCAUGCUAAUGGAUCUGUCAAACUUGCCGAUUUUGGUUUAGCAAAGGAGAUGUCCAACCUCAAUGAUCUGAAAUCAUGUAAAGGAAGUGUGUAUUGGAUGGCACCAGAGGUUGUCAAUCCUAAGAAGACAUAUGGGUAUGCGGCUGAUAUAUGGAGUUUGGGUUGUACUGUUUUAGAGAUGUUGACACGUCAGAUUCCUUAUCCUAAUGUGGAGUGGCAACAUGCUUUCUUCAAGAUUGGUCGUGGCGAUCAACCUCCUAUCCCUUGUCACCUAUCAAAGGAAGCACAAGAUUUCAUCACGCAAUGUGUUCAGGUGGAUCCAAAUUCAAGGCCUACUGCUGCCCAACUAUUAGAGCAUCCUUUUAUAAAGAUUCCCAUAAAGAUCUAGAACCAAUAAAUUAUUCUUCUGAGAUUUCUUCAUAUUAUACACAUUAGCAGCCCUGAUCCCUGAGGUUACAGAACUUUGCUCCAGAUGAUAAGCACUCUGAAAUACAUCUCAUCUAUUUCAAGGAAACAAAGAAAAAAGAAAAAAAUUAACCAAAACCUGUGGAACUCAUCUUUAGAUUAAUAAUUUUCUUGCCCGAUCUUCGACAUCCGUGCUCUUGGCCGGUUCUAUUUUUUUUUUAUUUUUUUUUCCAUUUUUUAGAAGCUGAAAGUAGUUUAUUGGAGCACAGGACUACUGUUUUUGGGCAAUCAUCAGGCAAAGUUAAAUUUUUCAGAAUGCAUCGAGUGAUGUGAGUACUGUAUAUAUGUGGUCGAAUUCCAAUAGUCACCAAUCUAUUUUCCAAAGAAAACUGAGAGCUUUAGU